AUGUCCACCAAGCGCAAGUCCGACGUCCUCGAGCCCGUUGACCUAACUGUCGACACGUCUAACGCGUCGGGCGGCAAGGAAAACGCCUUCGAGGCGUCGGUUGCUGCCCCUGCCGUAAAGAAAGCGCGUACGUCAGACGCAGGCGAAGGCUCGUCCUCGGGUACCAAGAAGGGCAAGAAGGCCGACGCGCAGCCACCCAAGAACUGGUAUGAGGUCGUGCUUGAUGGAGAAGACGAGGGGGAAGUGCCUAUCUACGACGACUGUAACGACAUCCGCCGGAAGAUUCGCGCCCUCCAGAAGGAGCCUGGUUUCAAGAUCACCAAAUGGCUCGAGAGCAUUGGGAACAUCAACAAUAACUCUUACCAGCGUUUCAUGAAGGCCACUGGGCCUACUGGUGGCGCGGGUAAUGGCACCUACUACGCUGCAUACGUCUACUUCGAAAAGCGGAGGAUCGCUGAAGGAAAGAAGAAGACUGCCAAGCGCAUCCGUACUGAAGAAGAACAUCCGAUGGGUCUGCCCCGCGAGGACCGCAAGAACGUUUGGGUGUUCAUGCCGCGGUGA